AUGCUUACUUCUCCACGUCUAAUAUUGCUUUUACUAGCAUGGGUGUUUUCAACACUCGUGGCCAGUGCCCUCGUAAAGAAGGACUGGACCAUUACGUGGGAGCCAGGAGCACCCAAUGGCCAGGAGAGAAAUAUGAUCAAGAUCAAUAAUCAAUUUCCUGGGCCAACGAUUCUAUGCGACGAAGAUGAUGACAUUGAAGUCACAGUUCACAAUAAAAUGCCAUUCAACACUACUGUUCAUUGGCAUGGACUUGAGAUGAUGGGCACACCUUGGUCAGAUGGGACCCCAGGCAUGUCUCAAAAGCCAAUAGAAAUGGGCCAAAGCUUCAUCUAUCGUUUCAAAGCCUCACCAGCCGGAACACACUGGUACCAUUCUCAUUCACGGGCUACUGUUCUCGAUGGACUCUAUGGACCAAUCUUCAUCAGACGAAAGCCAGAUGCACCAGCACCAUGGCAUCUGAUUAGCAAAGAACAAGCUGAUAUCGACGCAAUGAGUCGUACAGUUAUCGACCCCAAACUGGUUAUGGUGUCUGAUUGGACCCGUUUCAUGUCUUGGGAGUACAUGGCUGCCGAGGAGAGCUCUGGAAUGGCGAUCUUCUGCUCAGACAGUAUUCUCGUCAACGGAAAAGGAAGUUUGUAUUGUCCUGACGUUGAUAUGUUGAUCAACCACACCAGCACCUACAUGAAGUACGGCUUGUAUCCUCGACAAGUCAACGAUAAAGGGUGCUUCCCGUUUAUGAGAUCAACACAAGGCCCAUAUUUGACCACUGGAAAACCAGAGACCAUCCCGCUACACCUGCAACACGGUUGCACCCCUGCUGAGGGUACCAACGAGACGAUAGAAGUUGACCCAGCUGAUCAAUGGGCCAGUCUCAAUUUCAUCGGAGGCGCAACAUUCAAGACCAUCGUCUUUUCUGUUGACGAACAUGAUAUGUGGGUUUAUGAAGUUGAUGGCCACUAUAUUGUUCCCCAACGCGUCAACACGGUGCACAUGUAUGCAGGCGAGCGCUAUGCUGUCAUGAUCAAGCUUGAUAAAACACCCAAGGACUACACCAUCCGCGUCGCAGACAGUGGUCUCACCCAAGUCAUCUCAGCAUUCGCUACACUUCGAUACAAAGGCGGUAUUCAAGGGAGCGAGAGUGUGGGUGUUAUUGACUAUGGUGGUCAGAACAGCACCAAAGACGGGUCCGUCAUUACACUCGAUCGUGAUCAUCUUCCACCUUAUCCUCCCAAUCCACCAGCACGCAAGGCAGAUGCAAUGCAUGUCCUCUCAACGCAUAGAUGGAAAAGCGCUUGGCAGUAUACCAUGUCUGGACAUGGCAUGUAUGAAGAGGACCGCAGUGCUUAUGGACCUCUCCUGUAUGAUCCUCACUCAGCAGACGCCAUGGAUGAGGGCCUUGUGAUUCGCACAAAGAACGGGAGCUGGGUUGAUCUGGUACUACAGGUUGGCUCUUUACCAGGUCAGCCACAAGAGUUCCCGCACAUGAUGCACAAGCACACAGGAAAGACGUGGCAGAUUGGCUCCGGGCUGGGAAUUUGGAAUUACUCCUCUGUCGAAGAAGCCAUAGCUGCUGAGCCAGAUAACUUUGAUCUAGAGACACCCAAGUGGAGGGAUACUUUCGUUACCUCUUUCGAUGGUUCAGCAUGGAUCGUGCUGCGGUAUCAGGUCACAAAUCCUGGACCCUGGUUAUUCCACUGCCACAUCGAAACACACUUGGCUGGCGGCAUGGCUAUUGCUAUACUUGAUGGUAUCGAUGUUUGGCCGCAGAUUCCUGCUGAGUAUGGACCUGAUCAGCGGGGCUUCAUGCCAGGAACACUUCCGGAGUUGGAGAGUGGAGGGAAACAGGGUACAGUGGAAAAGCAAUGUCCAUUGCUGGCAGUCUCUCCCAGUGGCGGUCCGAAGAAGGACGCAGGUGAAACUUCAGCUAGUGAUUCACGAUGGGAGACUUUGAUCCGCGGUUUGAUUCAGGUUUUGCAGGGGUGGCUUUCCGAUGAAGCAAGUAGCCAUUCUUCAUAG